GGCAGUCUCCGGGAUUGGACACAUCGAGGCUCGGGCGCGAACCUCCUGGUGAGGCGGUUGGGGCCCGAGGCCGACAGGCCCAGGGUUAUCUCUGACUCACUGCACUGGAGUUUGGCAAAAGCAUCUCAGAAGUGGGUGUGCUUUUUUGAAUGAAAUGAUCAAUGGAGUGCUCCAGUUGUCUGCUGGCCCCUGGACACUAACUAGACCUGCCUGACUCCAGGAACUAAGGCUCAGUAUCUGUAGAAGCAAUUUGCCCAUCUCAUUCCGGCUAUGGGGACAACAUGUCUUCACCCAGGAAGGUUAGAGGAAAAACUGGAAGAGAUAAUGAUGAAGAUGAGGAUAAUUCAGGUAACCUGAAUCUCCGCAAGUCUUUGCCUUCAUCAAGUCAGAAAAUGACGCCGACAAAACCGAUUUUUGGGAAUAAAGUGAAUUCAGAGAAUGUAAAACCCUCCCACCACCUGUCAUUCUCAAAUAAGUAUGAGCUUGUUUACCCAGAGCCUUUAGAAAGUGACAAUGAUGAGACUGUGUGGAAUGUCAGUGACCUGUCUGUCAGAAACAGGUGGAGCAGUGUGGAUUCAGAGACUGCAGGGCCGUCAAAGACUGUCUCCCCAGUGCUUUCUGGUAGUAGUAGGCUCUCAAAGGACACUGAAACAUCUGUCUCUGAAAAGGAGCUAACUCAGUUGGCUCAGAUUCGACCAUUAAUAUUCAACAAUUCUGCACGGUCUGCUAUGCGGGAUUGUUUGAACACGCUUCAGAAAAAAGAAGAGCUUGAUAUCAUCCGUGAGUUUUUGGAGUUAGAACAAAUGACUCUGCCUGAUGACUUCAAUUCUGGGAAUACACUACAGAACAGAGAUAAGAACAGAUACCGAGAUAUUCUUCCAUAUGAUUCAACACGUGUUCCUCUUGGAAAAAACAAGGACUACAUCAACGCUAGUUAUAUUAGAAUAGUAAAUCAUGAAGAAGAGUAUUUUUAUAUUGCCACUCAAGGACCAUUGCCAGAAACUAUAGAAGACUUUUGGCAAAUGGUUCUGGAAAAUAAUUGUAAUGUUAUUGCUAUGAUAACCAGAGAGAUAGAAUGUGGAGUUAUCAAGUGUUACAGUUACUGGCCCAUUUCUCUGAAGGAGCCUUUGGAAUUCGAACACUUUAGUGUCUUUCUGGAGACCUUUCAUGUAACUCAAUAUUUCACCGUUCGAGUAUUUCAGAUUGUGAAGAAGUCCACAGGAAAGAGCCAAUGUGUAAAACACUUGCAGUUCACCAAGUGGCCAGACCAUGGCACUCCUGCCUCAGCAGAUUUUUUCAUAAAAUAUGUCCGUUAUGUGAGGAAGAGCCACAUUACAGGACCCCUCCUUGUUCACUGCAGUGCUGGUGUAGGCCGAACAGGGGUGUUCAUAUGUGUAGAUGUUGUGUUCUCUGCCAUCGAGAAGAACUACUCCUUCAACAUUAUGAACAUAGUGACCCAGAUGAGAAAGCAGCGCUCUGGCAUGAUUCAAACCAAGGAGCAGUACCAGUUUUGUUAUGAAAUUGUGCUUGAAGUUCUUCAGAACCUUCUGGCUUUGAAUUAAGAGAGACUUCUGCGCCUGCCACUCAAGGUUACCAAGCAGCUUGGAGCCUGAGCUGUGCGGAAGCGUCUGCGGGCCGUGCAGUCUGCCUUCUGAUUUUUCUCUCUGAAAGUCCCUGAAGGCAGCACCACUAGGCACAGAGUGAACUGUUUCCACUUGAUCUUUCUGAACAAGAGCAAAAUACCCUCCAUGCCUUCUACGGAAACGGAAGUUGCGUGAAACAACCUCGGCUUGGCUGUCUGGUUUGUGGUAUUACAGAGCUUAAUAAAAGACUUAAAUGUGUCUGAUAAGAUUUUAUUUGGAAAGGUGGCCAAAAGCCUCAAUUUCAAACACUUUACAAGCCCUACUCUGGGAGAACAUGGGGGCAGUAAACUGCAGGCUCACAGACUGCCCUCUUGUGGUCAUUUUGGAGACAUGUGAAAUGUGCUAGAAUCUAUACUCCCAGCUGGUAACCGAAUAACUCAAAAGGACUCUAAUUAGGGUGGACUGACUUUUGAUAUAAAAUGGUUUUUGUGUCUCAUACUUCCAUGGUCCCACAGUGCCCUAGGGAUUUUGAAGGAAGAGCUAUCUUCCUGGAGGAGCAGUCAGACCCUUGUCGGCUGCCCUGGCAAGCACCUUGUAGGUGAAUAGUGCCCCUCCUUACCAUCUCCUGAACACACUGGUCAGCAGUGCCAAACUAAAUUACACAUCCAUCUGUAAAUUCAGUGGAAAUGUUUGCCGGGCCCAGGCAGACUUCUCUCCUGUCCUACCCCAUCAGUUAACAUACUUUUCCAUGUGCUCUAUCAGAAGCAAGGGCUACACUUGCCUCUAGAUCUUUAGCUAGCCCAUACAUGUUAAUAUAGUGAUGUUAUAUAAGUUUGAGUCGUUCUUGGUACCUGUUGUAUCAAGGUUUUUUUCUUUUUAACUAAGAUCUAAAAAAGAUUUUUUUUUUCCCUCUAGAGGACCAUUAAGUCAUUUCUUUCCUCUACAGGAAUACUUAGAUGCUGGACAUUGGACUAGAUUUUGGAAAACCAAAUUCAUAGUUGUAAAAGUAAAAAUUUCCACAUGCUUGUUAAAAAAAUUCUGGCCACUGUUACAUUCAUUAUAUCAGGACUCUGCCUCAGACAAACGUGAUGAUUCUUUGGUUGAAGGCUUCAGUGAUCAGACACUCCUAAUUAUCAGCCACAAAGAAAUUGAUAAGUGUAUUUGUACAGUGAAUUCAGAACUGUGAAUCAUAUUGAAAAUUCCUAAGAUUAUAAAUGCUAGACUUUUAAGAGGCUUAUUUCUUUGGUUAAAUGAAUACACUUGAAUUUUUUGAAUUAAAAUUGAUAAUUCUCACUUUAGAAAUAAUUACAUAUAAUUAUACUUUAGAAAUAUUAUAUGUUAUAUAUAUUUGACCUUAACUCAAGUUGAUGAUUAUAGCUAUUUCUACUGUUUCUAUACAUAAUGAUCUGUGCUGAACAAUAAUAUCAUUCUGAUUAUUGGUUAUUAACAUUGUAUCUGUAACUGAAUUUUCAUUCUGUUACUAUAAAAUAAUAAGUAUAAUAUAGAAGAAUAUUCUCACCAUGGCCUGUAUGUUGUUAUUAAAUGAAAAUAUUUACUAUGC